AUGGACGAAUUGCUGGAGCACGUUAAAAAUACUGUCAUAAAAGAAGAAAUGGACGAUGAAACAAUAAUCCUAAAUGUCGGUGGAAUUAAGUUUGAAACCACUCGUACUUCUUUAAUUGCUCAUCCAGAAACAACACUAGGAAAAUUAUUAAAUCCUAAAAACCCCGAAGCAAUUAAACCAGUUAAGCCUGGUAGUAAUGAGUAUUUUAUCGAUCGAAAUGGUCAUGCAUUUUAUUUCAUUCUAGAAUAUUACCGUACUGGUGAAAUCCUUUGGGGCGAUGAAAUAUUUGAAUCUAAAGAAUUUAAAGAAUUUCCUGUUUCAAAACGAGCAAUAGAAUUGGAGACAGAAUAUUUUAAAAUUCCCAUUGACUAUGAAAAACGCGCUGCCCGUAAUUUACAACAAGGAGCCACAAUUAUCGACAAAUUUUGUGAAAAAUUGAUUCCCUUUAUUAAUGAAGCGAUAAGUAGAUUUAUUUCAGAACUUAAAAUUUCAUACGCUAUAGGUGGUGAUUAUGCCUACUGCGAGCCAUUUACGAACUACGAAAAUGGAGAAUGGUUUUAUGAAUUUAAGAAACAAGGUUAUGCAUUAUUAAACAAUGAAAAGAUUGUUAAUGCAAUGGAGAAACGACUAAAGAAACAUUUUCCUCCUAUUAAAGUAAAAGCACAAAUUAGUGGCAAUUAUGCAUAUUUAUUUAUUUCUGAUUUCUUUGACAUUAAUGCUCUCGCAGAUAGCCUUGAAUAA